AUGUCUGACCUCAAAACUGACUUCGAAUCCGCCGCCGCGCUCGUCAAGACGUUCAGCAAGAACCCUACCAACGACGAGAAGCUGGCGCUGUAUGCAAACUACAAGCAAGCUACUGUGGGUGACAACACGACGCCCGCCCCUGGAAUGUUUGACCUGACGGGCAAAGCCAAGUGGAAUGCCUGGAACGAGAAGAAGGGUGUGUCCAAGGAGGACGCCAUGAAGGACUACAUCGCUGAGGUGGAGAAGCAGAAGGCCAUUUACGCCUGA